AGGCGGAGGGGGGGCGGGGAGCGAGGCCUUGGCGCGUGCGCAGCCUGGGCCUUCCCAGCAUCCUCUGCGCAAGAUGGCGUCGCGGGAGUCCCUGCUCUAGGCUGUCUGAGGGAACGUCGAGUGACUACCUCCGCCGCCGCGUUCCAGCCCCGCGUUGCUUCGGGAGAAAGCAGAGGCCGAGUCCGGGUGGGUGCGAUGGCCGCUGUGGUGGUCAAGCGGGAAGGGCCGCCGUUCAUCAGUGAGGCCGCUGUGCGGGGCAACGCCGCCGUCCUGGAUUACUGCCGGACCUCGGUGUCGGCGCUGUCGGGGGCCACGGCCGGCAUCCUCGGCCUCACCGGCCUGUACGGUUUCAUCUUCUACCUGCUCGCCUCCAUCCUGCUCUCUUUGCUCUUAAUUCUCAAGGCGGGAAGGAGGUGGAACAAAUAUUUUAAGUCGCGAAGACCUCUCUUUACAGGAGGUCUCAUUGGAGGCCUCUUCACCUACGUCCUGUUCUGGACAUUCCUCUACGGCAUGGUGCACGUCUACUGAAAGGAGGGCAGGGAUGACUUCUUUUUGAAAAGCAGAUUGGGAGGACGGUUGCCGGAAAUUAACAGCGUGUAGACUUACCUAGUUUUUAAAUUGUUGGAUUCGCUGCUUGUUCUGUAACGUUAUGAAUAAUUUAUAUCUGAAGACGAAGAGCCUGUACUGUUCUUCAGAUUAAAUGAAGCGUGAGACCCUU